UGCUUCAAAACUACAUUCAUAGCAGACCCAUUGUUUUCAGACACAUACUUAGCAACAACAAGAAGAAGAAGAAGAUGGCAGCCAUGGCUACAUCCAGCAUUGCAGGCUUGGGUCUUCCUUCUCUCUCCUCUUCUCACAAACCAUCAUCUCUCUCCUCUGGUUUUAUAAAGUCUCAGAGAGCUGCAAGAAACCCUCUAAGCCAGAAGGUGACAUCUGGUGGAAGGUUCACUUGCUUUGAGAGGGAUUGGUUGCGGACGGAUCUUAAUGUGAUUGGUUUCGGGUUGAUCGGAUGGCUUGCGCCGUCGAGCAUUCCGGCGAUCAAUGGAAACAGUUUAACAGGGCUCUUCUUUCAGAGCAUUGGAGAAGAGCUUGCUCACUGGCCUACUGGCCCUGCUCUCACUUCUCCCUUCUGGUUGUGGAUGAUCACUUGGCACAUUGGACUUUUCCUUUGCCUCACAUUUGGCCAGAUUGGAUUCAAGGGAAGAUCUGAAGAAUAUUUCUGAAUUUGUACUAAGAUUGUGUAGCCUUAUUAUCUACUGUAGCAUAUAACUACUCUGUAUAGAAACUUCAGAACUUGCAUUUCUAUUCUGUUUUGCUCAUUUUAAUGCAAUGUUUAUGUUUCAGACA